AUGAAUGUGGUCCAACCUGUGCCUCUGGCCACUCCCCUUGGCCUGUUGGAAAACAUGCUCUGGGGUUAUGAGGCACAUCGCCAUGGCAACAAUGGCGAUGAUGAUGACAGCAGCAAUGGCGACGAUGACAGCACUAAUGGCGAUGACAACAAUGGCCUUGCCAACAACAAUGGUUUUGCUGCUGACAACAAUGGUGGUGUUGACAACAAUGGUAACGCAAAUGGUUUUGCUGCUGACAACAAUGGUGGUGCUGACAACAAUGGUAACGCAAAUGGUAAUGGUGCUGCUCAUGACAACAAUGGAGUAGGGAAUCAAAAUGCAAAACAUGAUAAUGAUGGUAUUGACAACAAUGGUAAUGCAAAUGGUUUUGCUGCUGACAACAAUGGUGGUGCUGACAACAAUGGUAACGCAAAUAGUAAUGGUGCUUCUCAUGACAACAAUGGAGCAGGGAAUCAAAAUGCAAAACAUGAUAAUGAUGGUAUUGACAACAAUGGUAAUGCAAAUGGUUUUGCUGCUGACAACAAUGGUGGUGCUGACAACAAUGGUAACGCAAAUAGUAAUGGUGCUUCUCAUGACAACAAUGGAGCAGGGAAUCAAAAUGCAAAACAUGAUAAUGAUGGUAUUGACAACAAUGGUAAUGCAAAUGGUUUUGCUGCUGACAACAAUGGUGGUGCUGACAACAAUGGUAACGCAAAUAGUAAUGGUGCUUCUCAUGACAACAAUGGAGCAGGGAAUCAAAAUGAAUUGAAUGCUUCAGUGUUUUACACGAAUUUAAAAAUACUUUUAGCAUUAUGGUGGUUGUUUUGCCUGAACCCAGUUGGAGUGCUGGUUACGACAAGAGGGCUGCUGCCAUUUUUGAUGAAUGUGGUCCAACCUGUGCCUCUGGCCGCUCCCCUUGGCCUGUUGGAAAACAUGCUCUGGGGUUAUGAGGCACAUCGCCAUGGCAACAAUGGCGAUGAUGAUGACAGCAGCAAUGGCGACGAUGACAGCACUAAUGGCGAUGACAACAAUGGCCUUGCCAACAACAAUGGUUUUGCUGCUGACAACAAUGGUGGUGUUGACAACAAUGGUAACGCAAAUGGUUUUGCUGCUGACAACAAUGGUGGUGCUGACAACAAUGGUAACGCAAAUGGUAAUGGUGCUGCUCAUGACAACAAUGGAGUAGGGAAUCAAAAUGGUGUGUAA